AUGGGUCUCAAGGGAAUUCACUUCGGAGGCGGCAACAUCGGCCGUGGCUUCGUUGCGGAGUUCCUCCACAACUCUGGCUUCGAGGUUGUCUUCGUCGAUGUCGUCGACAAGCUCAUCGAGUCUCUCCAGAACGCCCCAUCCUACGACGUCACUGAGAUCGGCCCAGAUGGUGAGAAGAAGUUCACCAUCAAGAACUACCGCGCCAUCAACUCCAAGACGCACGAGGACGACGUCGUCAAGGAGAUUGCCACCGCCGAUACCGUCACUUGCGCCGUUGGCCCGAACAUCCUGAAGUUCAUUGCUCCGGUCAUCGCCAAGGGUAUCGAGGCUCGCUCCGCCGAGAAGCCAUUGGCCGUCAUUGCUUGCGAGAACAUGGUCGGUGGCACCGACAAGCUCAAGGAGUUCGUCGUCGAGAAGCUGUCCGAGGACGGCAAGAAGAGCUUGGAUUCCAAGGCUGCGUUCGCCAAUUCGGCUAUUGACCGCAUUGUGCCAGUACAGCCCGAGGGAGCCGGCCUCAACGUGCUCAUCGAGAAGUUCUACGAGUGGUGCGUCGAGGAGAAGCCAUUCAAGGGUAGCCCACCUCCAAUCAAGGGUGUUCACUACGUCGAAGACCUCGAGCCCUACAUCGAGCGUAAGCUCUACACCGUCAACACCGGCCACGCUACGGCUGCCUACUACGGUCAUCAGGCUGGCAAGCAGUACAUCCACGAGGUCUUGGCCGACAAGAAGCUGCACGACACGGUUCAGGACACCCUGAAGGAGACGGCGCACCUCAUCUGCACGAAGCACAGCCACAUCUCCAAGGAGGAGCAGUCUGAGUACGUCAAGCAGAUCGUCAGCCGCAUCAGCAACCCAACCCUCAAGGACAACGUCGAGCGUGUGGGCCGUGCACCGCUCCGGAAGCUUAGUCGCAAGGAGCGCUUCAUCGGACCGGCCGCGCUCUUGGCUGAGAAGGGUGAAUCGAUUGAGCACCUCCUCGGUGGUAUCGAGCAAGCACUCCGCUUCCAGAACGUGGAGGGCGACGACGAGUCCACGGAGCUGGCCAAGAAGCUGAAGCAGAUGGAUGCCAAGGCAGCCACCAAGGACAUCACCGGCCUUGAGGAGAGCCACCCGCUCUUCGCCAAGGUCGAGGAGCGCGUCCAGAAGGUGCAGAGCGAGAGCAAGUAG